AUACUCGCUCUAUCUCUAAAUCCCAAUCGACGUAGUAGUGACUCACGUGACAGCCGCCGAACGCCGGGCCCUCGAGUUAAUUCCGCAACCUCCAUAUACCGACCUCACCUCCUCGACCCCCAAUCCCGCAGGAACUUUCCCAGUAACUUCAAAAUGGCUGCUUUCAUCAAGGCAAUCAACGCCAAGAUCCGCUCCAACUCGGUGCUGGACUAUGUCUGCUCAACUCACUUCUGGGGCCCUGUCUCCAACUUCGGUAUUCCCAUCGCCGCUGUGAUGGACACGCAGAAGGAUGCUGAGAUCAUCUCCGGCCCCAUGACCGGUGCUCUUGUCGUCUACGCCGCUACCUUCAUGCGCUACUCCCUCGCUGUCACACCUGCCAACUACCUGCUCUUCGCUUGCCACCUGACCAACUUCGGUGCCCAGUCUACCCAGGCAUACCGUUAUCUCAACUACUGGAACUUCGGUGGCCGGGAAAAGCAGCUCGCUGAGAAGGCUGCCGCUAAGGGUGCUGCCGCUCCCGAGGUCGGUGCUUAA